AUGGCGUCUGGAUAUAACUCAGGAUUCUCCGCGACGUCGAUCCAACACCGUGGCUUAGGUGAUGGACGGUCGUAUACCAGUCAGGAAGAUGCCUCCGUGAAUGGCAGCUGGGCCGAGCCUGCUCCAAGGUCUGGAAGAAAUGCUCGCUCCGAGUCGGGAAACAGUGCGAGCAUUCGCCCUCGGGGUGGCUCUGGUGGCUCUCUAGCCCCCUCCCUUGGGGGCCCUGGUAGCUUCAGCUCAGAGCUCAAGAGCAUGACUACAUCGCGGAGUGUAACACCCAGACCUGAUGGCACCUAUAGGCGACGAGGGAGCAGCAACGUUGAAUUGGAUGACCUAGCGAGCACCGAGGAGCGACAGGCUGCGAUCCGCGAUAAGAUCGCCAAAGAGAUGAAGAUAAAAACCGGGACUGAAAACAUGCUCGAGGCACUCUUGGCCAAGGACCCGAAACAUACGAAAGAUCAAAGGUUGAGGGUGGAAUCGGAGCUCAGUUCGUCCAAUCGCAAGCUUGCGGAGUUGCACCAUGAGCUUGAGGAGGAAUUGCUACGUGCGCAGGCGCCGUCAACCCCUCCGCGAAGUCGCUUCUCGAUGUCUUUAUUUCGUCGCAGUCCUCGGCGAUCGCCCUCUCGUAUCGACCCUAUGAAUGAUGAUGAUCGUUUGGAGGAGGCAGAGGCAGAGGCAGAAAUGGAGUCGCCAACAUAUGUUCUUGCGGAAACACUACAGGCGCUGGAAAUAGAAGGCAUGGCGCCAGAUUACUACGUUGAGCGUGCCAACAGUUUGGUUGAACUGUUUAGGCGUCAUCCGACAUUAAAAUACGAUCUUGCCUGGUCUGUUUUUGGAUUGCGUGUCCAAGUUAUGCUACUAAGCGAUAGCAAGGAGGUGGUAGCGGCCGGCUACCGCUUGACCCGGUAUGCAAUAGCCGACAGAAAAUCACUUCAGAUCAUUCGGUCAUUACACACCGACGAGCUGGUGAUCUUGUCUCUCGUCAAAGAGAGCAAGGCGAGCAUCGAACGCGAGCAGGCGCUGAAGUUUGUUAGAGCUUUCCUGGACGUGAAGGACGGAGUUCAUGAGAUCUCGAGAGCUGUUGUCCGAACGAUCGUCUCCAUUGCUGAACAUCAGGAGGAUCGCCUUAGAAAUAUAUCCAUUAUGACGCUCGCUGAAAUCCUGGUCAAAGACCCAGAGCUGAUCGCCUAUGCUGGAGGAUUUGCGACUUUACAUGAUGCCCUGGCAGAAGGGACAUUCGGUGCGUCGGAAAGUCUGAUCGCAAGCUUUCUGCAUGUGCUCGAUACGCCGCAUAGUCGAAAGCACCUACAAGGCGGGUGUGAACUCGAAGCCGUUCUUGCGCCGUUUACUGAUUCUCUGUCGGACUCUGUUCACAACGGGCGGCUAAAGUCAUCAGCGAAAGCCAUUUCGGCAAUGCUUAAGACCUGGCCUGGCCUGGUCAUUCUCGCACGGCAUGGAGCCAAGCCUCUCCAAUCGCUCCUUGAAUCUUUACAUUAUCCUGAUCCUCAGGCAAGAGAUCUGAUCAUGGAACUACUUUUUGAUGCUCUUAGAAUAAAACCACCGUCAUGGUCAUCGUCGUUCCUUGCCGGUCGUCGGCUCACUACUUAUGGCAGAGUCGCUAACCUCAGAUCUGAGUCCGAUGCCAAACAAGUUCGUGCAUUUUACGAGAGCAAUGAUGACCGAUUCGAUUUAACAGCACAUUUUUCAACUUUGAUAUUAGCAACGCUCAUCGAUGCCGGACUUUCAAAGGCUCUUUCGGAUCUCAUCGAGGAAGAAACAGACCAAUCGCUGAGGCGGAAAGCAACUCUGCUUCUGACAGAGGUGUUAAAAUUAGCACAUCAUUCUCUACCUCAACAUAUCAGCGCAAACCUUCAAGUCCUUCCACACUUACUCCCAGCCGCCGUUAAAUUUGAUGUCGAGAAUCAUGACGUUUCCAGCUCGACCAUUUACCAGAUUGAGAGCAUAAACCGGACAUUGGCUCGCUCAGUAGGCAUUUCCAAUGGGACAGGGCGUUAUAGCGUGGACGUCGACAUCUCUGCUUCCUUUUUAUCCGGUGAUCAAGGCAAGGACCGACUAAGUCCUGCCAUGGACGAGACCCAGUUCCGUAACGCAAUUCUGGAGACGAAUGUCUUGAAUACCGUCAAUUAUAUCAAGUGGAAAUGGGACCUGAUUCAUCGGAUUGUUGAGGGUCCUUUGACAAAUCCGAAGAGACUUGAUGAAGCUAUAAAGGGCUCGAAGUUUAUGAAACGACUCAUAGGGUUCUAUAGGCCUUUCAAGUACAGGUUUUCUAUGGUUCCUAACACCAAGCCAAAUCAGCGGUAUAUUCGAACUGGAUGCGCCUUAAUGCGCACCCUAGUCCAAGUCCCAGAGGGCACAAAGUACCUGGCGGAGAACAAAUUCCUGCGGCAGGUCGCUGAAUGCCUCGCUCAAGUGGAUCGUAUGAGCGGACUGACAUCUUCCUCGCCCCUCUUUUCGCGAGAGCAGAUGACAAAUACGUUGAGUGGAGGAUAUUUUGCCUUGUUGGGGACUUUGAGUGGUGACCCCAAUGGCCUUGCCAUGCUUGAGCGAUGGCACAUGCUCAACAUGUUCUAUCACAUAAUCGAACUGCAAGAUCGGGACGAUUUGAUACAGACGCUCUUAGGGAACCUUGACUACAGCCAGGAAAGUCACCUGAGAGUUUUAUUAUCUAAAGCUCUCACAACCGGCUCCAAAGAAAUUCGCAUCUUCUCGACGAAACUUCUGCGCAAGUAUGCUGUUGGAGGCGUCUCCUUGGCAUCUCAGCCAGGAAUAGGUAGAGCGGACUGGGUUGUCAAGCUGCUAGUAACCCAAUUAUACGACCCUGACGUUUCUGUAUGUCAAGUUGCCGUCAAAAUACUUGAGGAAGCAUGCAACCAGCGGGCUUACCUUGAGUAUGUGGUCAAAUGUCGACCGUCUCUUGAUCACCUAGGUGAAAUAGGGGCACCGUUGCUGUUGCGAUUCUUAUCGACAUCGGUUGGUUAUCAUUAUUUGGACGGUCUUGACUACAUCACGCAGGAGAUGGACGACUGGUUUUUGGGUCGGAACGAUGCAUAUGUUGGUCUCGUAGAAGCCGCACUUUCCCGUGCCUAUGUUGACCAACCACGAAGAGCCAGCUUUGCGCCUGAAGAUUUCGUGGAUCUGCAAGACAUCGGAGUGGUACCGCCCCAUUUCUAUAGGGAACUUGCGAGAACCAGAGAGGGGUGCCGAUUACUGGAGCAGUCGGGUCACUUUAAUGAGUUUGCUUGGACAAUCCGCGAUUUUCGACUUGAUGAAGAAGACACUGAAGCGCUUCUGAAAGUUAAAGGCUGUCUUUGGGCUGUUGGCAGUGUUGGCUCUAUGGAACUGGGAGCACCUUUCCUCGAAUCGGACCUUGUUCAGCAGAUUGUGAAGAUAGCCGAAAGCGCUGAAGUGUUGACCAUGAGAGGUACUGCUUUCUUUGUCCUUGGUCUGAUCUCUCGCAGCCGACAUGGUCUGCAGGCGUUGCGAGAAGCUGGAUGGGACUCCGCUGUAGACCAGAAAGGGGCCUCUAUAGGCUUGAGUCUGCCCACCGACUUCAAGAAGUUGUUCUUGAUUGAAUUUCCCUCGCAUUCUCGACCAGCUGAAGCUAAACGGUUGUCUCAUGAGAAAUUCAAAGCGGCCACGACAGAUCCGGAUCCUGCCAACCAGAAGAUCUUGAAAUUAAUGGUCGACAUGGGCAACACUGUCUUGUCGAAGCGAGCGGCCACGGAUCUUCAUAGCAUCAAAGCAAAGGACCCUGAUCGAUUUCACCAACCUCACCUUUUCCGCAAAGCUCUCAGUAUCCUUGAGAGCCAUCACUUCCGAUUGCCAGCGCGACGCUUCGCCCUUGAUCUCUUUGACAAGAGUGUGAUGCGGCGUAUAGUGUUAGAAGAAGAUUCUGACACUGAUUCCGAGACGACAUCAUCACAAGAUUCUGACUGA